CUGGAGAAUGCAUCUUUCAGUCAUCUCUUAUCUUCCUUCUAGUCCUCUCCGAGCAUACAGAGAUGGAGAAGCAGAAGAGCAAUCAGGCUCCAAUGUUGAUGUGGGUUUUGGUCGCUGGCUUGCUUUCCCACAACUUGGUCUUCCCUGUCUUGGCCACAACCUUUGAAGAUCAAAAGACCUACUACUCCCCACCAGACCCGCAUUCAAGAAGUCCCCCUUCUGGUUCACACACCCCUUCCCAUGGAACUACACCUUCACAUGGCUCAGGAGGUAGCUCUGGUGGCACACCAUCUCACUCAACCCCGUCAACCCCUUCAGGUGGAAGCCACAAUCCAACACCAUCAACCCCUUCAGGUGGAGGCCACAAUCCAACACCAUCAACCCCUUCAGGUGGAGGCCACAAUCCAACACCAUCAACCCCUUCAGGUGGAAAUUGUGGGACCCCACCAAGUGUUCCUACUCCAUCAAUACCAUCAAACCCUCCUCGAGGUGGUACCUACCCCACCCCUCCGACCACUGGAGGCAGCCCCCCAACACCGGUCAGUGUAAGCCCACCAACCACCCCAAGUAUCAUUCCAGGCACCCCUUUCACCCCCACGCCUCCUUUCAUUCCUGAUCCUAAUUCACCCUUCUCAUGCAAUUACUGGAGAACUCACCCUGCGCUAAUAUGGGGUGUUUUGGGCUGGUGGGGAACAAUGGGAAACGCAUUUGGUGUUGGUAGCUUGCCAGGAUUUGGAACGAGUAUGACCGUGCAGCAAGCACUUUCAAACACACGUACUGAUGGGUACGGAACACUCUACCGAGAAGGUACUGCUUCCUUGCUCAACUCCAUGGUAAGCAACAGGUUCCCUUUCACAACCAGGCAAGUCAGGGAGAAUUUCAUUUCUGCACUCGCCUCCAACAAGGCUGCAGGAGCCCAGGGACAUCUCUUCAAGCUGGCCAAUGAGGGCAGACUCAAGCCUAGAGCCUGAUGAGAGAUGAUCUUUUGUUUAUGUUCACUGUUUAGUUGGUGGAAAGCAUAAUUAAUUAGUAUAUGUUUUGUGGUGUGCGCUUUUUAAUUGGGUUCUUAUUUGACCUAGUGUCUUAUGAUCAACGUUGAUGUCAUUUUAUAUUCAAGGAUAGAAACUAUGUUGACAUUUGAAUGCUUAAGUUGAUGUUUUCUUAUUUAGUUUUAAAUAAGAUUCAUGGUUCAA